CCACUUUAAUUCAAAAGUUAACAGUUUGGAGAUUCUUUCAUGGAUUAAGAUAAUUUUUAGGGUUUUUGAGAAUAUUCAUAUUCAUUCAUGGCUACUACAUUUUUAUCACUUUACCCUUACAAUCCUUUCAACAUUCUUCCAUUUCCUUCCUCUAAUCAUGCUUCUGCGUCUUGUUCUUCUUCUUCUUCUUCAUUUCUCAAACGAAGAAAAUUCACUGUUCUUUCUGCUCAUUCCAAUCCCAAAAUUCUCAAAACCAACAGAAAAUCAACCUAUGGAAAAUUCCUCUCCCCGUAUGACUCUGAUGAUGAAAUUGAAGAAAUGGACUUUGAAGACGACGAAGAUGAAGAUGAAGAUGAAGAUGAGGAUGAUGAUGAUGAUGAUGAUGAUGAUGAUGAAGAUGAUGAUGAUGACGGAUUUGCUGAGCCUACUGAUCUUAAUGCCAAAGACAAGAGAUUGAAGUCAAAGACAGUUCCAGAUAGACAACAAGAAAAGGAGAAGGAAAAGGGUGUGAGAUCUCUUAACAAUGGACAAAGCAAAAGAUUGCCCAAAAGUCAGAGAAUAGCAUCCUUACAAGAAAAUAACAGUGCAAAGUUUCGUAGAAAUUCGAUGGAGAAAAAAUAUCCGGAGUUGUCUGAAGAGAUUCUUUUGGAUGAGAAAUGGUUACCACUUCUUGAUUACUUAAGCACCUUUGGAAUUAAGGAAUCACAGUUCAUCCAAAUUUAUGAGAGGCACAUGUCGUCAUUUCAAAUUAAUGUAUGUUCUGCACAGGAAAGGAUAGAUUACUUAAUGAGUCUUGGGGUUAAACAUAAAGAUAUAAGAAGAAUCCUUUUGAGGCAACCACAAAUUCUAGAAUACACGGUGGAGAACAAUUUGAAGACUCACGUUGCAUUCUUAAUGGGCUUGGGCGUACCUAGUACCAAAAUAGGGCAAAUUAUUGCUUCUACUCCAUCCCUUUUUUCUUACAGUGUUGAGAAAUCUUUAAAACCAACGGUAAGAUAUUUAAUUGAGGAAGUUGGCAUCAAGGAAAAAGAUUUGGGUAAAGUCAUUCAACUGAGUCCUCAAAUUCUUGUCCAACGUAUUGACAUUUCAUGGAAUACUCGAUUGAUGUUUCUUAACAAAGAGUUGGAUGCACCCAAAGAGAGCAUUGUGAAGAUGGUGACGAAACACCCUCAGCUUUUGCAUUACAGUAUUGAUGAUGGAUUGCUUCCAAGAAUAAAUUUCCUAAGGAGCAUAGGAAUGAAAAAUGCGGACAUCUUGAAAAUCUUGACUAGCCUUACACAGGUGCUAUCUCUGUCCUUGGAAGCUAAUCUAAAGCCGAAGUAUUUGUACUUGGUAAAUGAACUUCACAAUGAGGUGCAAACCUUGACCAAAUACCCGAUGUACCUUAGCUUGUCUUUGGACCAGAGAAUUCGUCCUCGUCAUAAGUUCUUGGUUUCCCUAAAGAAAGCUCCAAAAGGACCAUUUCCUCUUGGAUCUUUAGUUCCAACUGAUGAAUCCUUUUGUCAACGGUGGGCUGGAACUACUCUUGAUGAAUAUGCUGCAUUUCGACAGAGAUUAUUACUCAAAAAAUUAGCUGAGAAAUAUGACAGAAAAAUGUGAAAAAAUCAGAAUCAAGUUUGUCUCAAUCAACUUGCACAAGUACUGGAAAAUGAUCGGCAAUCUCUUGUGACAUACAACAUGUUCAAUCAUUGGAGUUUACUAAGCCAUGUGAUGUGCCUACUCUAUAUGCACAAUACUUCAUGACAGAUAAAUAUCAGUGUCUUAUUCUCAGCAGAAGCUGCUCAACUUGUUUUGUGUAAUUUAUCAUUGAUGUUUCUGUUGGCCUGAAAGGUUGUGGUCAAUAUAUAGAUUGAAGAAAGAAGCUGUAUAAACUAAAGAGCCAACUUAUGGAUUCUCUCAUUUUCUUUUACCUUCAUUGUUUUGUGUAUCUAUCUCAACUCAAUAGGACCAUUUUUGUUACACUUGUGACCAUACAUGAUACAUAGACAAUUAUUUGUUACCCUGAAACAAUUUGUACCACAUGUGCGAGUUGAAAUAAAAAUGUUAUUCCCUUGACAAAAAGACUUGCAACUAAAUUCUACAUUGCUUCUGAUUUCUCUCUUUUUAUUUAACUCUU